AUGCAACCACCGCCGGCCGCCCGUCAGGCAGCCACCCUCGGCAACGCCGCCGGCGCCGGCGCGCGCGCGGCUCCCCUUCACACCGCGUCCACGGCCAGGGGGGGCGGUGCAGCCGCCUCUUCUCCGCUGCGAAUGGUCGCCACCGAACCUGUGUUGAAGCCCACGAGCAAGAGCGCCAGCCCUCGACUGGCCAAGGUUUUCGGCGACGUUGCGGAGGACAAGCAGGCCGCCUUCAUCCCCUACCUCACUGCGGGCUACCCCAAGAGGGACGACACCGUUGAGCUUCUGCUCGCGCUGCAGGAGGGCGGGGCGGACGUGAUCGAGCUGGGAGUUCCCUUCACCGACCCUCAGGCGGACGGGGCUACCAUCCAGGCCACCAACCAGGUCGCGCUUAAGAACAAGGUGACCCUCGGGGACUGCCUGGACUACGUCAGGGACGCCCGCGCGAAGGGCCUUACCGCCCCCGUCGUGCUCAUGGGCUACCUCAACCCUUUCCUCGCCUACGGCCUGGACAAGCUCAUGAAGGACGCCCGGGAGGCUGGCGCCGAUGGAUUCGUGGUUGUCGACCUUCUCCCCGACGAGGCCCACGACUUCGUCACCAAGUGCCGCGCCAGCGAGCUGUCCUUCGUGCCCCUCGUGUCUCCCACCACCACGGACGACCGCAUGCCGUACGUCGCCUCCGCCGCGGACUCGUUCGUGUACUGCGUUAGCGUGGCUGGCGUGACGGGAGCCCGGUCCGGCCUUCCCGCCGACCUCAAGGACUUCGUCGGCCGCGUGCGCGCGGCGACGGACAAGCCCCUGUCGGUCGGGUUCGGCAUCAGCUCCAAGGAACAGGUCCAGGAGGUCGCCGGCAUCGCGGACGGCGUCGUUGUGGGUUCGGCCUUCAUGAACGCGGUGGACGAGGUGGACGCCGACGCCCCCGCCUCGGAGAUCGCGGCGCACCUGAAGAAGUUCACGGAGGGCCUCAAGGCAGGCAUCACCUCGGCGGAGAUGUCGUUCGAGCACACCGGCGAGCAGGGGCUCGCCUACGAGGGCAAGGACGUGUCCGGCGGGUACUUCGGGGACUUCGGCGGACGUUACAUCCCGGAAACCCUCGUGGAGGCGCACAGGGAGUUGGAGGAGGCCUACGAGGCCGCGAAGGCCGACCCCGCCUUCCACGAGGAGGUGGCCUGGUACCGACGCGAGUACAUCGGCGGCCCUACCCCCAUGUACCACGCCAAGCGCCUGACGGAGGAGAUGGGGGGCGCUCAGAUCUGGCUGAAGCGUGAAGAGCUCUCGCACACUGGCGCGCACAAGAUCAACAACGCGGUGGGCCAGGCCCUGCUGGCGAAGCGCAUCGGCAAGAACCGCAUCAUCGCCGAGACCGGGGCGGGGCAGCACGGGGUGGCGACGGCGACCGUGUGCGCGCUCCUGGGCAUGGAGUGCAUCAUCUACAUGGGCGCCGUGGACUGCGAGCGGCAGAAGCUUAACGUCUUCCGCAUGAAGAUGCUCGGCGCUAAGGUGGUGCCUGUCGAGUCCGGCAGCCGCACCCUGAAGGAUGCCAUCAACGAGGCCAUGAGGGACUGGGUUACCAACGUCGUGGACACUCACUACCUCAUCGGCUCCGCGAUCGGCCCCCACCCUUUCCCCACCAUCGUGCGCGACUUCCAGGCCGUGAUCGGCAAGGAGGCCCGCUCACAGAUCGUCGAGAUGGCGGGUAAGCUCCCCGACUACGUGGUGGCCUGCGUCGGCGGCGGGUCUAACGCGAUCGGCAUGUUCCACCCUUUCGUCGGGGACGUGGACGCCGGGGACGUGAAGCUCGUGGGCGUGGAGGCCGGCGGCAAGGGGAUGGACGCCCUCAACUCGGCGACGCUGACCCAGGGCAGCCCCGGCGUGCUGCACGGUACCCGCACUUACCUUUUGCAGGACGAGGACGGCCAAAUCCCGGAAACGCACUCCAUUUCCGCCGGGCUGGAUUACCCGGGGGUCGGGCCCGAGCACUCGUGGCUCAAGGACAGCGGGCGGGCGGAGUACGCGGCCGUCACGGACGUGCAGGCGCUCGAGGCCCUCCAGCUGUUGGCGCGCACCGAGGGGCUCAUCUCUGCGUUGGAGCCCUCCCAUGCCGUCUAUCACGCCAUGCAGAUGGCGAAGGGGAUGUCUCCGGACCAGAUAGUCCUGGUUAACCUUUGCGGCAGAGGGGAUAAGGACAUGCACACGGUCGCCAAGUACCUCGGGGAAGAUGUUUGACGAUUUUUUAGUGGCCUUUUUUGGGGGGGGGGGGCAAAUAUUUUGGUGUGCGUUUAUAGCGAGGGAAUCAAUCACCUUUCUCCGCGUGUCUUUCCGUCUGUCUUGUCUUGUCUCUCUUUCUGUCUGCCUUCUUUCUCUUCCUGUCUGUCUGUCUCUCUUUGUCUCUCCCUAUGCAUGGGGACUUUUUCUUGGGGUUGUCCGUUUCCCUCCGCCAAAUAAUUGAGUGUUAGUUUCACGCAAUGGGGGUCACGGCGAGAGAAAUCCCUUCCACCGCCCGUUCUUUGGGUUGAUAACUGCUGUAGUUUGUCCGGGGAUCGGAGAUCGGAGAGCAAGGGAGGGUGGUCUGUCUCGAGGACGAGGAACGAACGCGGGUGGUGCGGGCGGUCUACCAGGUUGCGUUGAUAACAGCAGUUGACAGACACGGGUGGAAAGUAAACGGUACUCUUGCAACCAUUUUUCAACCAAGACUGGAGAAGCACGCAAAUCUCUCUUCAGGAUGUGACGGUUCUCGUGGCCUCAGGCACAGCACACAGCACCCUUUUGUUAUAUUACUACUACUGUUGUUGUUCUGGGCAUGGAACUCGAGUUUGGGUAGAGAAUAAAAACGAUAUAUAUGGUGUGAACAU